AUGGCUGGCCCAGGUGAUGGGCGGCAGUCGCCUAGUACCCAGGGAGGUACACAACCCGACACAAAAUCCUUUGUGACCUCCCGCGAGACGGGAGACGUCAUCCCAGACUCGCCGCAGAAUCCGGCUCUCACACCCAAGCCGUCCCCAUUUGCCAAAUCAUGGGUUCACUUCAUUGCAGGAGGUAUCGGCGGCAUCACGGCAGCCACCCUAACCGCCCCCCUCGACGUCCUCAAAACCCGACUCCAAUCCGAUUUCUACCAAGCCCACCUCAGAGCCUCGCGACCGGCGGUAGCCCUUAGCCCGGUCCGGGCAGCCGCCUUCCACCUCAGGGACACCAUGCAGAUCCUGGCGUCGGUCUACAAACUCGAAGGCCCCCGGGCGCUCUUCAAGGGCCUAGGUCCCAACCUCGUGGGCGUGGUGCCGGCCCGCAGCAUCAACUUCUACACCUACGGCAACGGCAAGCGGCUGAUCGCGCAGUACGCCAACAACGGCAAGGAGGCGGCGUGGGUGCACCUCGCCGCGGGCGUGGCGGCCGGCAUCGUCACCAGCACGGCGACGAACCCGAUCUGGCUCGUCAAAACGCGACUGCAGCUCGACAAGAACGUGGCGGAGCAGAGCGGCGGCGUGGCCAAGCGCCAGUACCGGAACAGCUGGGACUGCGUGCGGCAGGUCGUGCGGGACGAGGGCGUCAGGGGGCUGUACAAGGGCAUGAGCGCCAGCUACCUCGGCGUCGCCGAGAGCACGCUGCAGUGGAUGCUGUACGAGCAGAUGAAGCGCUACCUCGCGCGCCGGGAGGAGCGCAUCAUCCGCAGCGGGCGCGAGAAGACUUUCUGGGACCGGACGGUGGAUUGGACUGGCAAGGUGAACGCUGCGGGUGGCGCCAAGCUCAUCGCGGCUAUUUUGGCCUACCCUCACGAGGUCGCGAGAACAAGGCUCAGACAAGCGCCUAUGGCGGACGGAAGACUCAAGUACACGGGCUUGAUCCAGUGCUUCCGUCUCGUGUGGAAGGAAGAAGGCUUCAUGGGCCUCUACGGCGGCAUGACCCCUCACCUCAUGCGCACUGUGCCCAGCGCCGCCAUCAUGUUCGGCAUGUAUGAGGCGAUUCUACGCAUCUUCGACGUCUCCUCCAACGAGCGGUGA